AUGCGGCUGCAUUCCAUUUUACUCAGCCUGCUGGCACUGGCUGUCGUUGAGGUGUACAGCACCGCUCUCACAUAUAAACUCAACGCCAACGAAAAGGCGUGCUUUUUCAGCAAUGUCGAGCGACAAGGCGCCAAAGUCGCAUUCUAUUUUGCUGUUCAAUCCGGAGGCUCCUUCGACAUCGACUACGAGGUGUUCGGGCCCAACGACAAGAAGAUUAUGAGUGGAGAAAAGGAGAGACAGGGAGACUUUGUCUUUACCGCGCAGACUGCGGGCGAGUACCGCGUCUGCUUUAACAAUGAGAUGUCUACAUUCGUAGACAAGAUGGUCGAUUUUGAGGUCGCUGUCGAAGACGAAUCCAAAUCCGCCCUCCUCCCCCAGAAAGCCGGGUCAACACCUGAACAAACCUCCGCACUAGAAGAUCUGGUUUUCAAGAUUAGCGGGCAGCUCAGCACAGUCAGCAGAAUGCAGAAGUACUUUCGUACCCGAGAGAACCGCAACUUUAGCACAGUCAGGAGCACGGAACAGAGAAUCUUCAAUUUCAGUCUGAUUGAGGUCGGCAUGAUGGUCGGUAUGGCUGGACUACAGGUUUUGGUGGUCAGGUUUUUCUUCCAGGGAGCGAGGAAAGGCUAUGUAUAA